AUGAAUGUGUUGGCGUGGAACGUCCAAGGCGUGGGCAAUGAUAGGACGUUCCGAGCACUCCAUGCCAAUGUUCGGGAAGUCAAUCCGAACAUUUUAUUUCUUUCUGAGACACUUGGCACUGUUGCUCAAAUGGAGUUUUUACGAGUUCGUUUGGGUUUCACUGGUAAACUAGUAGUUGAAAAAGUUGGGAGAAGUGGUGGACUUUGUCUCUUUUGGUUGGAGGAUAUUGAUGUUACUCUUCUUUCUUUUUCAAGAGGACACAUUGAUGUCUUAGUUUCUAUUUCAGGGGUCACUCCUUGGAGGUUUACUGGGAUUUAUGGGCAGCCUGAUGCCUCUUUGCGACAUGAUUUUUGGACUUUAUUGCGUCGCAUUGCUUACAAUAAUUCUUAUCCUUGGGUUUGUGGUGGUGACUGGAAUGAGAUUUUGGUUCAAAAUGAUAAGGAUGGGGGUCCCCCUCGGCCUCAAUUCUUGAUGAAUAAUUUUAGGACAGCUUUGGAUGAUUGUUUUCUGAGUGAUAUGGGGUUCGUGGGCCCUAAAUACACUUGGGUUAAUAAACAUCGAGAUUCUUCUUUUGUCCAAGAAAGGUUGGAUCGUUUUGUUUGCAACUCGGCUUGGAUGAACUAUUUCCCAGAUUCGCAUAUUUCUCAUCUUACUUUUCGGGGUUCCGACCAUAGGCCUAUUGCUUUGGCCACAAAUCGUCGUUUAGCGGACAGUAAGCUGCUCUUUCGUUCUAGAUUUCAUUAUGAAAAUGCUUGGGCUUCUGAGUUUGAGUGCGAAAACAUCAUUACUUCUUAA